AUGUCUGGAAACGAAGGAAUAACGCUCCAGUCUGUCCGGGAAUUUUUAGUCAAGAACAAUGGCAAAGUAAAGAACAUAGACCUUGUGCAUCACUUUAGACAACAGCUCAAUGAUCCUGCCAACAAGAGUGAGUACAAGUUCGCCGAGCUGAAGUUGGAUUAUUUUUGUAAUCGGUGGCUUUGUUUUUACUGAUUAAAUAUGAAUUCCUGCAGGCAAAGUACGCGGUGAAUUCAAAGAAAUUGUGCACACAAUUGCUACUGUCCAAACAAUAGAUGUAAGUAAACUUUCCCGGAUUUUAUACUCAAACUUUUCUGAUAGUAAGCUUAUUAUCGUAACUUCCGCCGAUUGACUCGGGAAGUGAAACAUUCCAUUUGAAAUACACGUAGCCGUCUUUCUGAGUGAUUGUUAUUAAAGUGAUCAUGCAUGCUGCGACAUAUUGCUGUUGUAUUCAACGAUGUAAGCAGAUAUAGAAUUAAUUUUAUUUUCAGACAAUACUAUUAGGCAAAUUUUGACAAGGGGCUGGUAUUCUUCAAAUUAGAUAGAGCUAAAAUUAUCGAGGUUUCUUUUUCUUUUUAGUCUUGUUCAAAUUAAGAAUCAAAACAAUGGUUUUAGGUACAUUUGUUUUUUAGUAUUAUUUUUGAAAGGAUUAUUCUCAGUACAUUCUUAUACCUACCAUCUUUCUUAACACAAAUCACAUAUUUUGACUUUCCAAACUCAGUGGAGCAACAAUACGCAAUAAUGAAAGAAAUAACAUAUUACAGUGUAUAAUGUGAGGUGUUGUGUUAUAAAGGUGUCAAGAUUGUGGGAUAAUGGUGAAGAACUGCCUCCCACAAAACCAGUUAGAGAGGCAGGGGGGAGGGGGAGGGUGUUUAUGUCCCUAGUGUGACUUUUAAAAUUGUUGUUUUGCACAUUGAGGAGGAAGCUAUUUUGCUGUUAGUAUUUUACUAUUUCAUUUGUGCUGUUGCAGUUGUAACCUAUCUUUGUGUCAUUUGACUCAUUUUCUGCUGUCCUGUAUCGCUGUUUCAAGGCUAUGUCGCUUGUUGGAAUUAACCCUAACCGGGCCUCGUUAGAUGACUGUCAAUCAACUAUUCACCAACAGUUGGCUAACAGUUACAAUAAAAUAACUUUUUUAGGAAGGUAGCUAAGCUAUUGAGUACAUGUAGUAACAAACUACAUAAAUAAAGGUUGAACUCUUUAAUCAUUUCAUUUUGCGGAAAAAAAUGCCGAUCAACUUCUCUUAGCCAAUGGAGUGGAUGCUUUUGUCGUGUGUGGUGUUUAUUGAAAGCUCUAUGGGUGUCAAAAAGUUUUACGUUAUAGAAUUAUUAUUGUGUACACUGCAUUUCAUUGUAUUCUAAGCGUCUUAUAGCAAUUAUGUUCUCUGUAGGGUGAAAAAUACUUUGUUCUUAAGAAACCCAAAGAGGCCCCGGCAGUGCUACGGAAACCUCCAAGACCUACAAAGCACAAGGAUCGACCUGUUUCUCUUCCUCCUGUUUUCCGUGGAGCAAAGUUGGAGGAAGUGCCCCAAGGGAAUUCUGCAGUUUUUGGUAGAACCUAUUCUGAAGAUUCAGAAUCGCCCAGUCUCGUUCACGCAAACAAAGAAAACAGACCUGUUGAUAGAGGAGAUGGAAGGGAUGGAAAUAAUGGAUCUGGUGAUAGUGGCCUUGAAUCUGAUGUAAGUCUGACUGGCUAAAUGAGUACAGGUGUAACUGCAAAGUGAAUUUAUGGGGGUACAGUGACCUUGUUCCUGGGGUGGAGGAUUAGGGUGAGAGGGUGCCCAUUGUCUUUCUUUGUGGUAGGAAUUGCAGAUUUUGGUCUUAUGGGGUGUUGUGGUUGGAAAGCUAAUAUUUUACAGGGUUCUCAUUAUUACAGUGUAAGUCCUGCAACUGGCUACAUGUAAAAAACUGGCUAUGUACAGUACUUUGAAAUGUGAGAAGUGUACAUUACUUUUUAGGAAAAAGGGGUAAAGUGAGGCAGGAAAGCCUGAAAUUGCCUAUGUACUGUAAUUACUUGAUUGUUUAGCUGCCUAUUUGUACAUCCUAGCUGGCUACUUAAAACCUGAAUGAGAACCCUGAUUUUAGCCUAAUUUUUUGUUGUCUCACACUUGUAGGGUUGUAAAAUAAUUUGCAAAUAUCUGUUACACUCUACAUGUACAUGAAAGAGCAAACAAACAAACAAAUGCGAUCAUACUAUGUAGCUGUAUGGUUGUCUUCAAGGGUCGAAUAAAGCCUGAGUCAUGCUCAGAUUGGUCAACUUUAGGGGUUUGACUCUAAUUUUCUGAUGAGCAUCCUUGUCACUUUCAGUUUGGGAGUUCCAGCCAUGUACAUUACAUUGUACUUUGUGGAGAUGAAAAGGGUGCUAGUAGUAUACUUUGAUUCUUAUACAAAACUGUCCACGAAAACCGGCGGGCAUGUACACUGUAGUCUCUCUGACUCUUUGUGUCAAAGCUUAGAUGGGGAUGUUUGCUCUCCAUUUCUCAGUGUUUGUUUUUUAGUUGUACCUUUUAAACUGUCUAGGGAAUCUUGCGUUGUGUUAAGCCUUUCUAAGAUUAUUGAUAUUUAGUAUUUUACUGAUAUUGUAAUCUCGAACUUGAUUAAAUUUAAAGUUAAAGUCAGGGAGUCACAAAAUUAUUCUUUAUAUAAUUUUGUAGUCCAGCAGUUCAGUUGGAAGUUUUACAGCAUCAGAGAAAUCCACCAUUCAGAUGCUGCAAAAAAAAUUUUUAAACGCUGACAAGGGACCUUCCAAUGGGCAGCCUGAUAACAGGGUUUCUAAAAGCAAUGAUGAACUGGUGAGUAAACGUAGAGGCUAGAAGGAAUUAUUAAAGUCACAGUAUGGAAGGAACUAAAACCAUUAGGGCAAGUUACUAGUAGCUUUCCCAUUUUUAAAACAAGAAACCAACAUAUAUUCUAGAACCUUUAACUGAAGAUACUGCAUUAAUAUUGUAAUUAUUGUAAUGAUAAUUUAUAAGGCUAAAUUGUAAAUUAUCAUUUACCAGGCUAACCUACAAAAACUAAAAAUUUCAGUUUUUUACAUAUGUAUUCAAGGGCAGAUUAAAUUUUACUGUAAUGAAGUUUGAAUAUUGAUAAUAAUGUCUAAUUUUUUUUGUUCAGGAUCGAAUGGAUGAAGACAUGGACGGUAGGUUACUGUACACAGCUGUUAGAUUUGAACUUAUAGUUUAAAACAUGCACUUGACUGAACUUGUACCCUGUACCUUACAGUUAUACAGUAAUUGGUGCUAUUAAUUUUUGUAGAGAAGAUGUGGGCACCUUCAGUGAUUUUGUUACCUCUGUGUCCUGUGUCCCUGAUGCAUAAAAAUCCCUAAAAAUGCAAAAUAAUUCAUGGCAAGGCAUGCAUCCCGUAGGAUGCAAAGAGUGAUCGAUCGAUUUGAAGAUUUUUUGGUUUAAAGAUGCAUAUUUAUUUUAGUCUUUUUUGUGCUUUAAAUGUAUAGAAGGACUGCAUUUUUAAUUUCAGUAACCAGUAAUAAAGAGUUUUGGAUUCUGUCUCCAGAUUAUCUGUCUGGUUACAUAAAGGCCCAAGCAAUUCUAAAGUAAUUCUGGAAAAAGUUAAUGUGCAAUCUAGUUUUCCUGACCUGAAAAAAGUCCGGAAAAUACAUGUAAAGAUUAAGUCUCGAAAUAUGGUAAAAAAAAGUUUGGAGUUUUUGUUUACUAUUACAUGACUUUGUGCUAUCUUUAUUUUAUCAUCGUGUGACUUCACAAUGUUGGUCUUCCAGUGAGCCAUACGUGUAAAAAAAAAUUACAUGAGUUUUUCAAAUUACAGCAGUAAAAAAUUCCAAUGUUUUGUAUAAACUUAAAGAACAAAGAGUUACAACUGUACAAUAAACUUAAUUACAUAAUAAUAAUGUUACACAGCUGUAUUUAUGCACUAAAAAUAAUUUAUGCUUUUUACAAAGUCAUUGUCUCUGAAGAAUGAUUUAAAAAGGUCUAAGCUUUCCUGUUCUCUUACUUCUAUAGGGAGUUUGUUCCAGAGGACUGAUCCUCUGUAGGCUAUAUUUCCCUAUGUCCAACGUGGGUUUUAGGGAAUAUUCAAGUUAACUGAUUAAUUUCUUAGGUUAUAAGAGCACUUGAAUGUUUAAUAUAAUUAUUUCUUAAAUACGGUGUGGAAAUUUCAUGAGUUAUUUUGUACAUUAGAAUUAGUGAGUUGUCUCAUCUUUCUGUCUUCUAGUACUUCCCAACUGAGUUCAUCCAAUAAAUCUUUAGAUAGUGUUUCAGAAUUUGAUAAAGUCACUAUUCUAGCACUUCUAUUUUGGAGUAGCUGAAGUUUUCUGAUAAUCCUUUCCUUAUAUAUCCCCACACACAGCUGGAGUAAUCAAAAUAGGGCACAAUAAGAGUUUGGUACACACAUGGUUUCUCUAGUUUUGUAUGGUAUAUGGUUACACACCUUACAUGUACAUUGUAGACCUGACAAGCCUGCUGAUAUUUUUUUUGAAAUCUUGUCAAUAUAAAAUAUGUGUUUUCCAUGAGAGAUUUUCAUCAGAUGAGACUCCAAGAGAUUUAUAAACAUUCACCCUUUCUAUGGGUAUGUUAUUAACCUUAACCUUGAAAUUAUCUGACAGUAGUUCAGGUCUGGGAUGACUCUCUGUAACAUGUAUUUGGUCUUUUUGAAAUUUAAAGUAAGCUUAUUCACCUUAAGCCAUGUCUUAAUUUUGUUCACAUCAGAAUUUAUUUUAACUUGUUAAGUACAGGUCGUAUCAGGAUCUUCAGCUGUGGAUGUUAAAUUGGUGUUGUUUGCAUACAUUCUAGGCCUUGAGUACAGUUGACUAAGGGGAAGUCGGUUAUGUAUAAAGUAAACAACAGUGGACCAAGAAUAGAUCCUUGAGGAAUUCUACGCGUUAAUGUACAGAAUUCAGAAACUUCACCGUCAACUAAUAUAUAGUUUUCUGUUUUUGCUGAGUAAGAUAUAAUUGAAACCAUGCUACAUGUACAUUUGCGACUAACUCCAUAAAAUUCAAGUUUAUUGAGGAGGAUAGAAUGUUCCAUGGUGUCAGUUCAAAGGCUUUUUUGUAGGAAAAAAUUUUUCUUCAUUUUUUUUCUCAAUCUUAUUAUAUGUUAUUAAAUAUAUUAUUAUUAAUAUUACUUAAGUUUUUGAAACAAGCUUUUCCUUUUGGCAAUGUUGUAUGGUGAUUUGUGAUGCACCAUUAUGAUACAGUUCUACAUCGUACAUGUAUGUAAGAGAUUUUGUACUGUUUAGUUUGAAAUUGAUAUAUUAAACUAAUUAUUAUCAUUGUUUAUGUCACAGUUAUGUAAUGUAUUAAAAUUUGUACUUCUAACUAAUGACUGAUUAGGAUUUAAAAUAGAUUACAGUGUAUAUUAGGUGCCAGUUCAAACCAAUGAAUUAAAACAGUGGCUUGUGAGAUUAAUGAAUUAAUAGAUAUUAGACGGUAAUAUUAUUAAGUGACUUCUUUUUCAAUCCUUGAAUUCUCCUGAAAAUAAAUGAUAUGGAUUGUCAAGCUAGUUAGGACAGUUGCAGUAGUUAGGACAGGCCAGGUUGUACCUGUCACAGUAAUUAUAAUAUGGUGAGUGUUCAUGAGUACCCCCUUCCUCCGAAACCAGCUGCUGACUUUAAAAUGAUUUUAUAGAAAAAUACAAAUUUUAUCACGAAUGUUGUAAUUUAAAAAUUUAAAGUGCUCAAAUGGAUGUGACUGAAAUUGAUGAAAAAAUAUUCUUGUUAUACCUGUCCUUGUAUUAUGUGUAGUUGUAUACAUGUCCAUUGUGUAUGGUGUGUCGUUCUUGUAGUGUUUGCAUUUUUGCUUAGUACAGGUAUCACUUAGUCACAGCGUCUUGCUAUUAAAUAAAUUUUGUUGUGCUAAAAUAUGUUUUUUUGUUUUUGUCCAAGAUACAAUGUAAUACCAAGAAAAAAACAAUUCCGAAACUUUUUUAAAAAAUUUGUUUUUCAUACAGUGUGCAUCAGUUUGCUUGUGAGGAAGUCGGUCAGAGUUUUCAUCUUGAAUUAAAAGUUUGAACUCUUUUUUUAUUUUGUACUAAAUAAAUGUUUGAAAAUGUAGGAUAUUUACCUGGAAUGCUUAAAAUCAUAUCACUCAAAGCACUUAAUUAAAAAGAAGAUGCACGUACUUAACAAACCAUGUUGCUUUUCUAACUGCUUUUUUGGCUUAUGAAUGAAAAAAAAUCAUGUCUGAUUUAAAUGCUUUGACUCAGUAGUUACAUACAUGUAGCUACAUGUAUAGGUUGUCAGUUUAUUUUUGAUCUGUAAGCAUGCUUAAAUGUACUCUUCAUCAAAUAUUUAUCAUGUGCCACCUGCUCGUCUGAUGCUAUAAGUGGGCUGAGUUUUCAAAACAAAAAUAUGAGGCUACUGAAUGAGAUUUUAAUACAUUCAGAGCAAGUUCAGGUGUAAACCACCAGGAUUUUAUGUUAAAUUUUGCAGUCAAAGCAGGCGGACAGGGCUACAGAAGAAAUCUGUAUUACCUACUGUAAGGAUAGGUUUUUGUCUUUGCUCAGUUAUGUUUGUUCAUGCAUGGCCAGACAAAGGAGGGUCCGAAAAAGUGAGUCUUUCAACUGCUUAUAACAUGACUUUGACAUAUAUAAUUUGUAAUUUAUUUUACAGCGUGUUUGCAUGUAAUUCUGAACGAAAUAUUUUGUAGCAUUUUACAUAAGGAUGCCUGCCUGUCAAAUUGCCACAUUCUGCAAUUAUUUUUACUAGUGUAUACAUGUAUUCAUUGUACCAGGACUACUUGUACAUGUCUCAUGGUUUUAAAAUUUAAAAGCAUGUCUGCAAAUAUUGAUAUCUCUGUUAAUAUGAAGAAUGAAAGAAGGUAAAUAUUUUAGUUUUAAAAAAGGAUAUUCUUUUGUAAUGAAAAGCUUGCUAUUGAUUCGUUAAGAUUAUAAUAACAUUUUUAUUUUAUGAAGUGGUCUUAUGUUUUUUCCCUAAUGUAUUGUACAUAUAGUUUUUCACAGAAAAUUAAGCUAAGUGCAUUUUUUCAAUUGUAUUUGUGUCAGUUGUAUUGAACUGUUAGGGGAAGUUACUAUUAUUUAUUUACUUUAUAUUUACAUCGAAGGCUUUGAAAUUUAGGGGUUACCGUACGACUAGGUACACUGUAGGUACAAUGUACAGUAUGUGAGUAAAAAAUUGUAAUAUUAUAGUCGCUCUAUUAGCAAAAAGUGUUUUAUAACAAUGACAACAAAUUUGGUGCUUUUAGACCUACGUUAAUUUAUUCUUUAGACAAUUCGGACACUUUGUAUUGUUUUCCAUUUUUUGUUUAGUGCUCAGGAACUCAUGAAGAUGUCAAAUUUAAAUUCCCAAACAUGGGAAAUAAUUUGUAAUUAUUUCAAGCACUAUGCAUUUUUGUAUUUAUUAAUUAAAAGUAGUGAAUGUAUUAUUUUAAGAUGACUUUUAUAUUGCAUAGACAGUCAAUAUGAAUGACUUUAUUUAUAUUUCAGGGCAAUAUUUAUCUCUUUGUUACAUUUAAUUUAAGUUUCUCUGCCAUGUGUUUAAUUAGCAAAAAAUUAAUAAAGGAAUAAACAGUAUAACAAGAACAUAAAGAUUAUGUUCUUGGUAAAGGGUGUUAUAUUAUUUAAACUGUAUUCUCAUUUACUAUGUUUUCAACCUUCAUUGCAGCUUUAGAGUGUGAAAAACAUUUUUUUUUGUAGAUUUGAUGUUUUCUAAUUAAUAAUGACAUUUCUGUUAUUACUUUUCUUGGAGCCUUAAACAGAGACAAUGACUUCUUUAACUAAUGCUUAAACUGUUAGCAAGGUGCUGACUUCCCGUUAGUGGUGUGUUAAAGACGCUAUAGCUAUCUCUCUAUGAUGUUUUUAAGCUCCAAUAUCCAGAUACAAAUUCUCCCAACUGAUCUCAAUACUUUUCCGUAGAAUUAGUUUAGAGAAUUUUCUCACAGAUCAGAGCAUGAUGCUCCCUUUGAUGACCAUUUAUUUUAUUAAUUCUCAUAACCUUUACCCUUGAUUAUGUAUUGUCAUUGAAAGGAGAAACCUGAUACUGGUCACUCUUGGGACAAAGAUAGUUGAUAGACAUUAAUAGCAGGUUGCUUUACAUUUUUAGAGGAAUUGUUUUUCCAUUUUAGCAAGAUUAUUUAAUUUUUUUUUUGCCUCUAGGGGAUGACUUGUUGAUGGGAGGACCAACAGCUCAUGUAAGUUUGAAUUACUGAAGAAAAAAACAAAACACAAUAGCUAGUACAUGUAGUAUGUACUUAACAAAUCAACAACAGUUUUCCAUGCUCUGUACUAUAAUCAACCAUAGAAAUGACAUCAUAAUUUUCAAAACUCAAGUAGAACCAUUUUGGCAUCAUUUCUAUGGUCGAUAAGAGUACAGACCAUCGAACAUUUGUCUUGAUUUGUUUUUUACAAUAACAUCAGAAGUUUUGACCUCCAUUUCUGUUGAAAAUUUUUGGCAAGUUGUUUGACGCGUGAGAAAGAGAAAAGCAAAUUGUGCCAUCAUGUUAUUUUGAUGGUCUGUACUCUUAUCAAAUGUAGGUUUCCACCAAUCAAUGCACAAGAAGUUGGACAGUUAUUGUAAAAAGUCAUGCAGAAAUGUUUAUCAUUAUUUUUUAUUGUGCAUAUUGUAGCUAGAGCCAUUAGAAAAAGAGUGGUUCAUAACAGCAGCAAGAGGAAACAGAGCUCAGAUCAUGUGUUUACUUGAGCAGGACCGUAACCUGGCAACUAAAAAGGUUAGUUUCCCUUAACAUACAGUAGUUUGUUCAAAUCACAAGACAUUGAGAGAAUGUCCCAUCACAAGACAGUCAUUAUUAAAACAUCUUAAGCUGCAGACACUCAAAGCAGAUUAUUAGCCUCCUUCAGUGUGUUUAUUUUAGACCUUGUAAGGUCUUUGUUGGGACUUAUUUUAACGGCAACCUUGGAAGUCUCUUUAGUUUAGAAAAAAGAAAAGCCUUUAGCCUUUAGUGCAAAUCUAAUUUUUUGAACUUGCUUCAGAAAAUAGUUAUAGCAUGUUAUUAUGGGCAAAAGUUAGUAAUAAACACAUUGUUUGAAGUAACGAGAACAGCUGGAUUACCAGGUGUAUUAAUUAAUUAUUAUAAUGGAUUCAAGGGCAGUAUUACUGUAUGUUUUAAACAGUUGAUAAAUUUGAAGAGCGUACUAGGAAGAAAUAAUUAUACAGUUAGCCAUUAAGUACUUAUCAAAGUGACAAGUUUGUAAACAAAAUAAUGUUCAGCAUGAGAUUGAUGACACGAUUUGUUGUGGCCAUUGAACUUGUCUUUCAAGGAGGGAGUCAGGGUGACUAGAUUAUUUAAAUUUUACAUCAGUCUUAUGUUCACACAGCACAGCCACAAUGCAGCUAGACUCCUCAACUUGCCAUUAAUUGUUGUUUUUGCUUUACUUAUGAUUCCAGGACUUUAUGCUGGUAGGUACAUUAACUUACCUCUGUAAUUCUCUUACAGUGUAUGACUUGAUUAAGGUUAGACAAAUGUUUAAUUAUCAGCUGUAUACUAAGAAUUAUUGACUGAGGCUUGUUAAAAAAAAAAAAUAAUUAAAACAAACUACGAAAAAAAAUGUAAUGCUACACCUGUAAGCUUAAAGCUACAUGUAAGAUCAAUGAUUAUUACUUUGUAUCACUUUUUAUCUAUAAGUAUUAAGUUGGUGAUUUCUAAUUUGCUGAAUAAUCAGAUUUUGAUGUAUGCUUUGUAAAAAUUUAUAAAAGGGUUUACUAACUAUUUUUCUUCUCUGUGUUUCCUUUGUUGACCAUUCCUGAUGCAGGGGGUAAGUUCUUUCAUCUAUUUUAUUUUAUUUAUUUAUUUUUUUGCCAUCUUGAGUAAAAUUGUGAAUUAAGAUAUUACUUUGACUUACUCCAGGUGUACACUGUACAUGUUAAUUAGGAUUAAAUCACUAAUGUUUUUCUUAUUUCUUUUUGCCCACUCCUGCCAUGAUUUUCUCCUGCUUCUUCACGCAACUAAAAAUUUAGUAUGUAAGUAUAACUAACUGUACCACUGCACUUGAUACAUGUAUAUUACAGAACCAGUAUUAGGAUAAUUGCAUGACUCAGGUUUUGCACUCUAAACCUGUCAACUCUGUAAAAAGAUUAAGUGAUCAUACCCUUGGAUUGGCACUGUACAUUCUUAUAAACAACUCAGGGCUACAAAAAUGUAGGUUAUUCCAAGCUGGGUUGAGAAAAUCAAGGGUUAGUGCAAAAUUUGAAUUCAGAUCUUAAUGUUUACAAAGCAAAUUCCUGUUAAUGUUUUAGCGUACAAUUUUGAUGUUUUGAUGCUGUUAAACAAUCUCACUUAAAGUUAACUGACGACAUGCCUUUGAACAAUAUAAACAGGAACUUGGGUUAAAAUUUAAACCCUCCUUAAGAGAUACACUGUAACCAGCCUUCCACAAAAACUGGGCCCAGGACGUGACAAUGGUCAUGGUAACUAGUUCUGGAGAUGCACCAAUUGUUGCUAUCUGCCCUUUGCUCAAGAUUGAAGGAACCCUGAGACUUGAAUUUCAGUCAAAACUUUGUGAGAUUUUUCAGUGGACUUUGUAGAUCAUUGAAUUCAAUUUCAUGUUAAGUGGUUGAGAAGGCCAAAUUUCCAUUCUGGUGAAAUUAUGAGUGUUUUAACCAUGCAUACGAUGGUUCAUAAAAAAGUUUGUAAAAUAAUUCUGUCAGUUGGCUGGACUCUUUAUUGUCUUGCUUGCUGUCAAACAUGAAUAAUGUUAUUACCUAGAUGUAUUUUUAAAAUACUUAUUAUCAGUCUUAUCUUAUUUUGUUAUAUUUGAUUCAUUUAUUUAUUAAAAACACAGACUGCACUUCACUGGGCAGCAAAACAUGGAAGAGCAGAUAUUGUUAAGCUGUUAGCUGGCACUCAUGGAAUUGAUGUCAAUGGAAAAACAGUAAGUAAUAGUUAUUCACUCUCUUUUUUGUAGCGCCAGGAUUUAAACACGGAUGGAAUUUUAUCGUCUUUUGCAUGUUAUUUUAGGAGUGUAAAUUCAACAAAUACGGACAGUAUGACACUCUAAGAACCUAGUUGUACAGACGACUGUAGUAAUCGUAAGAUUUCAGUGUAAGCAUGAGGUCGACUUUAGGUGCAGUUAUGUCAUCAGAACUUUAACUCACAGUCUCUUUCGUUGUAUGGGAAUAAGCUAUUUAGGUGUCUAAGCGUAAGACAUAACAUUCUUCAGUACAUCUGAUUGCAUAAAUGCUUAAAAGCUAACGUAUUUCACGUUAUGCACUCACAUUUUUUCUUUCUUUUUUUUCCUUUUCCACCUUGUCUUCUGUGGUUUUCGUGAACAGAAUGUAAGUAUUUGUUGUAAGAUUCUUGUCUUAUAAAAUUGUAUUUGUUAGUGUUAAAUGGUUUCGACCCUAGGUUCACUUUCACUUCCCUCUGCACUAGGCCUAUUUAUUCAUGAUGGUGAAUCCUAAUCAUUAAGAGGAAUGGGAAUGUAAGGAAAGUGAGAAUCAAACUAGGUUGAAACCAUUUUAACCUGAUAAUGAAAACAAAAUGUGUUAAUAAUGACGACGUUUAGGUUUUGUGUAAUAUGUAGUGUCAAUUUACUUGUUAUUGUAAUAAGUUGAUAAAACUAUAAAGUGCUGACAAAGGUUUUUUCUUUCUCCUCUCUUGUGUAUGUGGAUCAUUUUUCCGCCUUUCAGGGGGUAAGUUGCUUUUCCCGACAUUUCUAUAUAAUUAUUGUUGAUUGAAGGGAAACGUUGUUUUUCUUGUACAGAUUAUUAUAGUGUUCCAAAAUACGCUUCUUACGAGGCCAAAUUUGACGAACUAUUACAGCUGAGAAAGCUUUACAAACAAACAAACAAACCGCAAAAAGCGGGAAUGAGUAGAAAUUGUGAGGUUACUUUUGCCCUGCGAGCAAGCUUUGACGAGCGAAGCGAGUGGUGAGAAAACGUGCAAGCAAAGGGCUAUGGAACGGACCCUUUCGUAUUCGCGUCCCCUCUCGCUUGCCGCUUGCUCUUGUCUUUUCACGUUAUCCCUAAUUGGAGAGCUUGCUGUCAGGCUAGUUUAAUUUGAAAAACGGUACACGUCUCCUACGCUACAACUCAAAUCCGAUGACAUUUUCCAAAUAUGGCAUGGCAUUGCCGGUCAUUUUUCUCUGCCCUUAUUAUUAUUUUUAACCAACGCUAGCUUCAAUUACCUCCGUUAAGGUACAGGUAUAACACACUCACUUUUCAGCCUUGCAUGGGCGUUUCGUUAUGCCCACGAUUUGCCUUUCGUCGCUUUGAGAAAAUUCGUGGGCAGAGUCUGGCAGGGUAAACAAAAGUACUGUUUACUUUGCUCAAUAACAGUAAGGUUUCACCAAAAGUGUUCACAAUCUGUUCCAUUGUUUCUUUCAUUAUCGGCAGGGUUACACUCCACUUCACUUAGCGGCCAUGCAUGGACAUGAUGAUGUCAUUAAACUGCUUGUGGCUGAAUAUGGUAAGUAGCUCUAAGCAAUAUUCAGUAUUCAGUAGUAUGAGAAAAUAUUUUGGAAAGUUUGGAAGGAAGGUGAGCGAACCCCGGACAAAACCUUUGAGACAAAUCAAAAACGUGUUUUGUAUUCCGGCAAAAUUAAACCGCCGCCAAAUGAAUGGAAUCCAAAGUUGGAUAGAAAGGUGAGCUAGGUUUUUAACCAAGAAAAGGGGUGGGGAGGGUUUAAAUUUUGUGUUUAGACAAACUCUUAAAAAAUAGAUUUUGUCUCAACAGUUUUGUCCGGGGUUGUGAAAAAAAGGGGACAAACUCUUAAAAUGUUUCGCUUGGGCUGAGAAUGGGGCUGUUCACACUCGGUUCCCUUGAGUACUUGUUCCUGGGAUCCGACACAAAAUGAUCAUUUCUUAAACCUUGGGUACUUUUCAUGUAUUUGUGUACGUAAUUUCUUCCAUUUCGCCCGAUCGGACGUUAUUUUGACACGUGACAGAAGGACCUUCAGUGCCCACUUAUGAGCCGUUGGGCAACAGCACCGUGUACGAAUUCUGGUGUUGGUACUUGAAAAAACGGUUUGUUCACAUUAGUGCCCAGCGAGCACCGUACUCGGGUACCAUGCCUGGGCACCAAGGGUGAACGUUGCUAAUGCCGCUGGGAAAUUACCCAACCCAUUAUCAAAAUGAACAUUUCUGAAUGGUCACGUUAACAUUUGUUUUAAGCUAUGUCCAGAUCAAUCCGUUUGGUUUCGUUAACCCUUUAAGCCAUAAGAUCCACAUACAAAUUGUCCAGACUAAUCUCCAUACAUUUCUUUUAAGAACAGUUGAGAGAGUUUUAGAUCAAAGCAUUGUUCCUUUGGUAAUCAAUUUAGUAAUUCUCAUAGCCUGUACUCUUGUUGAUCUGCUGAUGUUGUUAGGAGAAAAUUGAUGUUGGUCGUUCUUGGGAGGGUUCACGUAUCCACAAUUACGGCUUUUCGCAAUGUAGUAUACAUUGUACAUGUUAUUAGCAGGUUCACAGGAAAGUAAUCAGUGGUACAGACGCGAUAAUCGGGUGACAUGUUUCGAUUUAUCUGUUUUAACGUUUUAUUUUGUUACAGAUGCUGAUAUUAACAGUCGCGAUCACAGUGGCAAAAAACCCAGACAGGUGGCCAGAGAAGGACUUACGAUUGAGGCUCAAGGUAAACAAGUGGAUUCUUUAAUCCUUUGUGUUAACCAUUCAAGCCCCUUUAUCAACAUACCAAUUCUCCACACUGAUCUCUAUACAUUCCUUUAAGAAUUAGUUGAGAGAAUUUAAUCUUUAAUCUUUAAUUUUAAGAUCGAGGCAUUUUCUCGUUGGUGAUCAUUUCUAUUAAUUCUGCUGACCUUUUCUCUUGAUUUUAUAUCAAUAUUGUAAGGAGAAAAUUGGUGUUGCUCACUCUUGGGAGUUAAAGGGUUCAAGACAGUUAAUUAGAGUUAUUCAGAACAAUUGUAGUAUUCACCAAUUUCACUAUCUCUCCUUCUAUUUUUAUUCUAUUCCAGUACACUCUUACUUGUCCUUAUUGUCAGUCAAGGUAUGGGCGCAUUAAUCCAACGCCCUACUUGAUCAGAAGGUGAAAACCUUCCCUUCCCACUGUAAAUGAAACCACGAAUUUCCAGCGAUAAAUGAGGGUGGGUGGGUCGUUGUGCAACCUACCUCCUUGGGCGCUUGAUCAAAUUGAAGGCAUACUGCAAUGGGAGUUUGUCUAUUUAAACAUGAUUAGUUAUUAAUAGGAAUCAUAAGUCUUACAGUAAUCUAUCCAUCCAUCCUGGUUUAAUAGAGCGGUUUUCAUUUGAGUAUCGUAAAACCAAAACCAAAGUAAUUACUCUAGCCAAUCACAAAGGACACAGACAAUACAGUGAACCAAUUAAAACUCGAAGUAAUUACAUGUAGCUGACGCAAAGCGCGGGAAAAUGCAUGCGAGCGUGACACAAUUGGUUUUGGUUUUCCUUCUGAUUGGAUAAAAAAGUGGCGCGAAUCUUUUAAGCCAAUCACGUAGCGUAGUAAACGCAAAACCAAUUACCUUUCGACACUCAAAUGAAAACCGCUCUAAAGUGGCUGUUAAUAAAUUCUUUUUUGGCUGUUUUCAUGCAUGUAUAAAUAAUGGCCAGAGAGGGGAGUCGAGGGAAGUCGGGACACUAGAACCAAUUAACGAGAAAAUAAUCGUUCAUCACUGCAGGACCAAAACAUACCCUAUUUUACUAUUAUGGCCAGCCGAAAUAUUGUAAUAAGAAACAAUACACGUUGUUUUAAAUCAGCUUUGCAGUAGUCUUUGGACUUCUCGUUCUUGGUUCUUUAUAUUUUGACUGAUUUGAUCUUUUUUCUAGAGAUCCAACGUUUACAACUAGCAGGAUCUUCGUCUACGGUUUUUGCAGUUAAUUUAAUCCUAUUUUACUCUCUUGUCCCUUCCUUAGCUGAAUACGUUCUCUUACUUUUGACAGGUCUGCUAGAGUAUCUACGAUAUUAUUCAGGUAAAUACAUGCGUAAAAGUGUUGUCUUCUUUUUAAUUUUUGAGCACCACAAUUAAAUAAUACUUUAGCGGCCUCUUCUGGUCAGCGGCCCACAAAUCAAGCACAUUCUCACGUGGAACGUUGCCGCCUCGUCGUGACAAGGAUUCGAAUUCUCAAUCGGUUUGUAGCGGUUGCGCAGCAUUUGUCGUAGUCUUACAGUGGUUUUUUGCUGCGGUAGUUUGAAGCGUUCGUCCAUCCCACCAGUCAACUUUCCUUCCAUUUAUUCAGGUUCCCCACUGCAGAAAGUAUAAGGUGAAGAGAAUGGGUACAAGCCUUUCGGCGCAACGAUUUCUGGGAUCGUGUGCAUGGACAAGUGUUCCUUAUGAUUGGUUAAUGGUUGCCUUGAAUACCAUCGACCAAUCAUAACUAACGCUUGUCCACCCAAACAAUCCCGGCAGUCGUUGCGUCGAAAGCAUGUACCCAUGUCCCUUAUAACUUGGUGUGGAGAAUAAGGGUAAAGGGUGCCUGCAAUGGAAGCUCAUGGCUGAGUAGAGGUAUUUGGUAGCUGUGGGUGCUGCAGAAUGGAUCUCCAGCAAUUUGUGAACGCCCCUGGAUACCUCUUUGGUUAAGGCGCGGUAGUUGGUUCCACUGUCUAUUUUUAUAGCUGUAAAAUUUUACAAAUACACUGUACGUCUUCCCAUAAACCUUCCAUCACUCUGAGCAUUUUAACAUCCCGACAAGCGAUUUGGUUGAAGCUUCUUUUGAACAUAUGUUGUUAUUUAUCGGCUGAUAAAUUCAAUCAGAGGGUCGCCGUUGCAAAGAGUGAAGUUACUUUUAGUUUUCUGAGAUGUUGUCCUCUCCUUAUCAUGGAAAUAUAGACGAGCCCGCGAGCCCAAGCAGACGACAGAGCGGGAUUUUCAUGACUGGUUUAAUACGACUGAGUCGGCGACACAAGAAAGACAAAAAUAGCAACAAGCAACGGAAAGAACAAAAUUAAACUGCCAUUCAAAUGCUGUGGUGUUAGAUAUGUUAGGAAAGAAUAGGCUCUGUAUUAAAGUUAGUAUAUGUGUUUUGUAUUUUUUGACUUCUAAGAAGCAACAGUAUUUGUUGAAAAUUAGCAAAAUUCUUACUUUUGGCUCCAUUAAAAAAAUUGCGACCCGUUAUAAUAAGGCUUUGCAUAGAAGUAUAAAAAUAUGUAGCUUUAAAAUCGAUCUCUGUAAAAUUUAACGUUAACUUUUACCAAAAGUAAGACUAAAGCAGGUAAUCCAUCUUUAUCCAUGUUAAGAAACAAAAUCAUCUCAUAUGAGUGAUUUUAUCGUUCCCAUUGCAUAUUUCACGUUAUGUAAUAGCGGUUUGAUUUAAGAACGGAUUAGGACCUGUUUCAGACGUAAUUUAUCCGUUUAUUGUUUAAUCCGUUGAUCGUCAGUUUUCCUGAUGUUCAAAGACACUGCAGUAAAGUCAAGAAAUGAUUUUAUCGCCCAUACUUAAAAUAUACAUGUAUUUUUUUCAAAGCGCCUCCGUUCAGUGCGUGUUUCCUCUAAAUGUUUAGCGGGAUUUGGUAGAGGGGUUGACAAGCGAGACUAGGUGCGGGUUUGAAGGUUACUCGGUGUGGAAUGAUAGUCUCUUGGCGGGCCUAGGGCUCGGUUAGGCUCCUUUCCGCAUGCAGUGUACCUGGAGGUGCUUUGUAAAAUUAUAGUACGUGAUGAUGGAUAAAAAAAACUGGGAAUCAGUACAAGACACACGACGAACCUUUGUCCGAUAACAUGCAAUGUCUGUAAUCGAUGAACUUAAUUUCUUUUGAGUAGUUUGUUUCGCUUUUCCUUCUGUAUUAUUAAGGCGAUGCAUCGUAGGCUUUUCUUAUAUUUGGAUGUCAAAAACGUCCCGCUGUUGAAACAACCUCUGUUUUCUUUUCCUUUCCUAUCCUAUACUAUCCUAUCCUUUCUUUUUUCCCUUUUUUUUCUUUCUGUAAAAAAAGAGGCUAGCCUGGGGGAGCCUGUACAUAGGCGAAAAAAUACUUGAUGUUUAACUUUAUGAGAUGCAGUCUACUUUCAACGCACCAUCUGUAACCUUAAGCUGUAUAUACCAAAAUUUCAUUACGAUGUAAAGUUUGUAAACAAGUUGGAUAAUACUAAAGCAGUUUGCGUUAAGAGCGCUUCUAUAUUGACUGUUUUAAAACCAAACCCUUAGAGCAUAAGGCCUACUUUUAAAUCACACUCAGCCACACCAAACGCAGACAAUCAAAUGGACCUGUCGGAACGCGGACCUAGCAGUUAUUUGAGAAAGUGGAGAGAUUGUUUUCUGCUUUUACUUCUUAUAAGUCAGAAAAGUUAAUGGGGACUAUUUUCCAGCCCAUUUUUCACCCGUCCUCGAUUUAAGACCAAACCAAUGACGACGUUAUUUUAACACUCAAUUGAAAGCUGCUCAGUCUAAAACAAUAGGAGACCGCGAUAACUUACGUCAUCCAGCCCUAAAACUGCCAUUUCUAAAAUAGGCGACUGCAGAGGCUAACUCCAAACCAGUGAAGAUCGUUGUUUGCCCGUCUUUUAGCUGAGUUAUUUUGUGGAACAAAGCGUGCUAUUUGAAUUAAGCCAGAUACUAAACCGUGACUCGCGUUUGGAAGCCAAUGGCAGCAGUUGCCACUCGCACAAUUUAAUCUGUGCACCCCCCCGCCCUGCUCCCUUUUGAACAAAAUUGUGCAACCUUGAUAUCUUGAUAUGAUAUCUUGAUAUGUCAUCCCGUCCGGACAUUAGAAAAAUAACAAAAUCAUGAGCCAAUUUGUAUGUGUUAAAUGUGAAGCUCAGUUCGCGAGACGAACAAAAAUAUAUCCAAUGAGCGGCAGCCUUACCGUAGAGUGAAUGUAUACAGUCUGAAAGCGCCACAAAAUGGUUGGCUGGAAAAGUCUCGGAAAACAUAGGAACUAGUUCUACAGCAGACUGGAAAGUCAUGCUUUGGUCGUUGAUUUUACAUUUUACACAAGCUCAGUUUCCCAAGAACAUUUAACACUUCGGACUAACUUUUCCACCAAUCAUAUGGCUGGAUACGCCUACACGAGAUUCUUAGUGGACGUAGUCCACGUGCUAAUGUAGAGGAUAUUACGUGGCUGCGCGGAGACACGAAAUUCCUCUUCCAGUGUUGAAAAAUGUUUAAAAUGUUUUUGAACACGAGAAGAGCAAUUUCCUGUCUCCAAGUAGCUAUGUAAUGUUCUAUUUAUUAUACAAACGCCAAUAAAAUACGAAACCAUUUCACUUGAAUAUCUUCGCGCGAUUUAUCAUGUAGCCAUAGCAACGGUGAUAUUUCCACAUGUGCAGAUAACAUGUUAUUUUUACUGUUUUUGAUCGAAAGCUCACCUGGUAUUUCACUGUUGUUUAUAAUUCAGUGUAUUAUUUCAUAUAUCGUUCCAUUGUCAUAAUAGCGCAUGCGUUUGUUAGCAGAUUUUAAAGGAGCUCUGUCGUGUUUUUGGUUUUUCCCGCUUAAAACUCUACUGUUUGUUAUGGAGAUAAAAAAAGGAUUUCAAUUUCUAACAAACCUAGACCAUCUUUUUUCAAGGUUGACUCGUCUGUUGUCGCAAAAGUUACCAAAACUGUUAAGUGACCGCGGUUUGUUUUGCAUUUGAGUGAAUCUGUAUAUCUUUCUCUUAGAGUUUUUAGUACGAAAAACGCUGACUUUCCAUUAAAUUUGAACCCUGAUUUGGCUCAGUUUUCACCGGGUUUGAUUUUGACCUGUUUUAACCACGAAAGAAAAUAGCAAGGUUGUUUACUUACCUUGUGUGAGAGGUACCUUGGGUCCCCUUUCACGGCUAUAUAUUGAAGAUGAUUUUAGACAAAUUAUGACAUAGAGGGAAAUACGGGAUACGUCGUUGUUAAGAUUGAUAAAAAUCAACUUUGUGCUAGCUGUCGUUUUUGCGCUUAAUAUCGUGAUAAGGAGUUUGUUCAACCUAAUUCUGUUUUUGGGUAUCUAACGAGCCACACCAACCAAAAAAUCCCAGGGCGAAAUUUUUUAUCUUUGAGCUGUAGUUCCUUCAGUGCUGAACACAUUUUUCGCAAAACAUACCCCUGGAAGUUCUUCUGGGAAACCUAAAAGUUGUCAGUGAUCUUGUAUUGCUUUGAUUGUUGACCCAUGUUCUUGUUUUCGUAGACUCCUCUUCAGAAUCUUCUGGUUAUGGAUCACUGCAUAGUAAAUAUGGUUCCACAAGCUCUUCACCGAGUAUUACGCUAGCGAGUCAAUAUGCUAACAGUGACAAAGGCAGUAAAAAUGAGGCGUCCGACGACAAGUCUCGAUCAAGAUCGGUAAGGACCAGUUAUAUAUUAUAUAAUAUCAUAGGUGACGAAUUACUCCUUAAUUUUGGCGCGAAAUUUCAGCGUUAAUUUGUAAUUUCGCAUGUGAAAUUACUUAACUGCCAUGGCAACCUGCCCUGCGCCCCCGUUUCAAGAUGGCGACGAAGUUUUAAAAUGUCAUGAAUGAAGAUAUCAGGGCAUAAAAAGACGCUUUAGAAAACCUAAACAAACGAAAGAGCACAUCCAGAAGGAUUCUUAGACGUAUGUUGUCGAAAAAUUCUGAAAACGUAAGCCAAAUUUUAGCUCUAAACGUUUGAGAGAGUGGAGUUCACGAUGGAUCGAUACAAUCCAGGAUAAACAAGUCAAAAAUCCUCGAUUGCUAACGUAAUUCGUCACCCAUGAUAUUAAUAGGUAAUCAAAUGGUAUACUCGUGAAAUUAUUCCCUAAUUUCACUCGUCACCAUUUGAUUACACAUACUAAUUUAGAAAUGGUAAACGUGCAGCGCGCAACCAUCGAGUUAUUGCUGCGUGCGAGAGGUUGCUAAGCAAGAAAGAAGCGUAAGAGUUGCUAAAGGCGUAGUGGCGUGCAACUCUAGCUUCUUGAGUGCUUAGCAAACCGUCCAAGUGUAUCCGUAACUCCAUGGUUGCACACUUACAACGUUUACCAUUUCUUUUAAAACAUAAUCAAACGAGAAAAGCUUUUAAUUUCGUUCAAAAAUAGCAGGGAAAUGACCACGCGACCGCUGUUCUCUGCGCGAGCUAUGGCGUGUGAAAAUCAUUCUUUGCAAAUUCCUCUCUUUCAAGAAAAUCGUUCCGGUGAGUAAGUUGUCCUCUUUCUCAGCGUGGAAUGUAAAAAACCUUUUACGUUAUCUUAAACGGUGUUUGUAAGACUUUCUUUAAGUAUUAAGUAUUGAAGUACAUACAGCGAACAAAGAGAUCACUCCAUGCGUUAAAUGGUCGCUAAAAAUGGAAAAUUAUGAAAGCGUCAGCCAAAAAGUAGUCGCGGUCGCUUACUUAGGGUUUGACUGGAAAAAUUUUGGUGUUUUGGAUAUGUGGUCGCUUAUGGGAGGUGGUCGCUUAUGGGAGGUGGUCGCUUACAGGAGAUGGUCGUUUACAAGAGGUUCCAACUGUAGGGCUUUAACUGGGAAAGUUUGGGUGUUUUGGAUAAGUUUGGAUAGGUGGUCGCCUAUGGGAGGUGGUUGCAUAUGAAGGUUCAACUGUAAUGGUAAAUGAUAAAAAAAUGUAUAUAUCGAGUGUUGGUGGCGAUUUCAUUGAUUAAAGUGAUUGAAAUGAUCCUAUGAAAAUUAUUCGUAAGAUGAAAACUGAAGUCUAUUUCAGAAACUAAUGUCGCAACCACCGCUUGUUCUCGCAACUUGCGUCCACAUGAUCAUAGCGAAGGAGAGUAUCCUCACUUUUACGAUAAUCCCCCAAAACAAUUCUAAUAUUGAUCUCAUUAGUCAUGACCUGGAAGAGACUGGAGAUGAUUUUUUGGGGUCAGUUCCGUUAAGUCUUACAUCAGACGUGAAUUGCUAACUUGUUAACUAAACAAGUCUGACUGGGCUGAACGCCAGGCGUUGGCGAAAAGGUCUGACAUUAAGAAAUACGCAGCUGUUCCUUGAAGAUGCUUCUGAAUGGGACUAUUGUUGACUGUAGCUUUUUCGGACUGGCUACUACUCCCCUUUCUCUCCCCUGCCUCCUCGCGCUUGCUGGCUUACUCUUCGUCUUAUAUACUCCACGGAAGAUCCUGAUGAAAGCUACUUAACAACGUCUGACGUUAAACUUUGAUCAAUUUCUUAGCAGCCGCUCGUGCCGGACCCGACCCGUGGACUAAAAUUUAAGCAACUGGUCCCUGAAGAUGAUUCUGAACGGGACUGUUGUUGACUGUAAUAUAUCAACAGGGUCCCGGGGGAGCGCGUGGAAGGACUGUCGCUCCUCUAACGCCCUCCCCCCAAGUCGUCUACUCGUUUGUCAGCUGCUGCCCGGGUUUCGAAGUUAUAAAAGGUAAAUUUAGCAAAGUCAACGCGUCGACAGUGACGACGGCGCGCACAGAUCCAAAAAGCUAUUUGACCAAUGGUGGGGCGUUAACGUAAGCACAGGAGAGUUACGUCAAGUUCUUUCCUCGAUGUUUCGCCUUCUCGUUUUAAUGUUCUUUGCCAGACCUACCUAUUAAGAGAAGCGCCGCGCGAAUGGAAAUUACUGAAAGAAACAGGCCGCCGGUAGGUCCCUAGUUCGGCCUCCAGUGGAAGUGUUUCUAUCCGUCACUUUACGCAAGCGCUAUUCCAACGUCCACUAAUACUUACCAUUGUCGACCCUUUUGCGGUCUGCGGUGUUGCUGCUAUUUAUGGUAGUUUGCCAUUCAAUUCAAUUCACAAAAGGGAAAUGAAAAGGGUUCCAAAAAAGAAGCCUCGAAGCUUAAUGUACUGUUAAGUUUCCUUACAAAUCAAACGAGGGAGUAUCUAGUAGUGUUAGUAGCAUCCAAGCAUUUCAUUAUUCAGGAAAGAAAAUAAAUCAAUGAUUUUUUAAAUAGUCCUGGUUUUUUUCAUCACGUUUUUUAGUGAGAAUCAUCUGGUAAAAAUCCGUCGACAUCGCUGAAAAGAGCGCCUUAAACAUCAGUAAAAUAACCAAGUUUGUUCGUCAAUCACGAGCAAAGGUAUAGCUUUCUAAAGUCGCCAACUUUUGCAGACGUUUGUAGGGUGGUGGACAAGUUGGCGCCCCCAUCAUACAAACGUCUUCAUUUUUAAGAGUUUGCGACCUUGUCGAUCCUCAUCGUCGUUCUUUUUCAACAAAUCACUCUCAAACUUAGCAAUUGCCGUACGACUUUUUAAGCUCCCUUUCAGCGGUGUCGACGGAUUCUCACUAACUGGUCCAUAUCAAAAUUAAAAAAAAGAAGAAGAAAAAAAAACGUUUAGUGUCUAUUGAACAUUUUUGAACACUGGAUGCUUUUUCUAUAUCUGCUUUAUUUUGUCAACUAGCGAAUCCAGUGAAAAACGGUUUAAGUCUUUAUCAAUUUUAGGUGUCAUCUCAAUAAUGUGCGCUGUCAAAAAAGGGUUGACGGUCAUCUCGCUCCCAAACUAUCCCGUCCCAAGCGAAGUUGCCACCAAGAAGUCAACUCGCCAUCAACGAGUAACUCGGAAACACUUGACACAGUUUAAUACCUAAGAUUUCUUACGUAAGAUUUUUUUUUUAUUCGAAUUUGAAGUCGAGCCAAACACAAAUAUGUUAAACCUUUUUAACGAUUAUUGCGUCGAACGUCUUGAUGGUUUGGUGGCGAGGUGACGGGUUAGCCACAAGAGAAGGAGAUGAAUGAGGGAAGGCUGAGAGCUGUGAGAUAUUUACUGUAUAAUAAUUAUACUGUGACAAACUACCUUAUUUGGCAAACUAAUAAACCGCUGAAAUCAUAGGAGAAAAUAGAGUGAGGCUGUGGCCAAAACGCUUUUUUUAUUGUUUGAAUUAGCGCUUUUGGCUUGGAAGUUGCUAAGACUCAGUGAGGCGGAGGAAGAGAAAGUGGAAACAUUAAAUUUUACCCUUUUAAAAGCAUCCUAAUGCGUUUUUUUUUCUGUCACCUUCAGUUUUCAGAAGUGAAAAAAGAUGAAAUAAAUAUAGUUUCUUUCCGUCUCUCUUGAUUGUAACAGUGUACGAUAGGAGGAUUAACAAUUUCUUCAAUUGAUCAAUCAGGCAAGAUUGAAACAAACAAACAAAGGACACACAUUUUGUAGGGGCUAGUAAGGUUUAGUAACAGCGUCAAAUUCUGCUAUAGGUCAGUCUGACAAAAUCAGUUAUCAAAAUAAACCGCCAGCAGUCACCAUGGGUAAUAGAAAGGCGUUUCUAUUAUCCAUGCAGUUACUAACGGUUUAACGCGCGGGCGAAUACGUAACGUGCGUGCGAGCGAGGCAAAUGCGCAGAGAAAAGCACGAAGGAAACUCGGGGGAAAAUAAAAUUAAGUAGAUAGUCAAAGUGGAUCUGCAGUAUGAGAAUUAAUUUCCUCCGGCGGUAAUUGGAAAAAAAAAAAUUGGUUCUCAGACCGUCAAAGUUUACAAAAUGAUUUAGUGGAUGCCUUGCAUGCGAAGCGGAAUGAAUACGAAACGAUACUGAGGUGAUAGAGGUGAUAUUAACCGGCGAGGGUGCCUUCUCUAGAUUGUUCUUUGUAGUUUGCUUGCACAUUCCAAUAUUUUGAAGGCCAAUUGUAAAUCAUAGACACGACGUGAUGUGCGAAUUUUGGUAACCGUUAAAUUUCAUUUACUUUUUCUUUAAAAGUACAGCUAAGACGGUCAGGUUGAAAUCAGUUGACAUGUUGAAAUGUCAAGUAUAAUCUUUUAAAGCUUUGGGGAAAUGAUAUUAGUCAAAACUGCUUAUGUUUGGAUGUUUUAGAUUUCUGUAAACAAUUUAGUUUAUUCAUUUUGUGUCAUGUUGUCGUUGUUUUUUCCCGUCGAUGAAGAGGAAAAUCAUAAUGAUUGCAAUUUUACUCAUCCCUGAAACUGAGGCAGAUUAGAAAAAAAUAUUGUCUCAGUUAACGUUUGAAAGCCAAUUCAAAUAAACCAGAUCGAAAGUUAUGGUAGAGAAAGUGUGUUGGUUUCUGAUGACUGUGGUCAAAAAUAGUACUUGGCUUUGUCAGCCAAAUUGUGACGGUGAACUUACCAGUAAGGAGCAUGGCGAAACUCAUUCGUUGUCGCGGCCGAAAUCUUCUUGCGUCGCUGAAUUAAUUACAAGAAUUUUUCCCAUUUCCCUACGAAAUCUUUUUGUUGUAGUUGUCGUUGUUUUCCAAAAAAGCCGGUUAAGCUUUCGUGGAGCUUGAAAUUGUCUCAGUAAUGAAUACUUUUCGUACGGAAGUUUCAGUCAUGAAAGCGAGGGGUCGAAAGUCUUGAAGCUUGUCAACCAGGCUUGUUGCUUAAGGAAAACCACAAGUCGCUUCCUCUCUUCCUUUGCGCUCGGGGUCAAUAUUUUUAAUGUGUGAACGGUUGAAUGUAAAUAUUCCGCUCCAUAAAGUAUGCACUUGACUUCACUGGCAAAUUGCCUGCGCAUCAGGUCAAAAAUAACAACAUUAAAACCGUCAGAGGAUUUAUAUUUUUUUGGAAUGAUUUGACGCGGAAAUCAUGUUUUCUCUGAAUACCCAUUGCAUUUUAAUAACGUAAAGUAUUUGAAAACGCUGCCAAUACUUUUACAGUGAUAAAACAAAUUAAUAGUUUGGGCUAGAGGCGUAUAAUUUGGCAAGAAAAAAACAAUAAUAUAGUUUUGAUUUGUUUGAAAGUUAACAGCUUCAUCCUGUAUUUAGAAUCGUUUAAGGUUAUUUGGCCGAAACGUUGAUGGGUCGAGAGGAGUUGGAGUAUAUUAAUGUUUAGUUUGGAUGUAUUCAAGAUUUGAACACAUCUACUUCAAAAGAAAAACAAAUUCCUGUUUAGGCUAUAAACAUUCUCGUUUUGUGUUCAAAUUGUCAAACGAAAGAUUUCACUAAGAUAAAAGCUUCAUAGGAAUUUCGGUAUUGUAUAUAUUUUCUUCAGUAAAUAUUAAUGAACAAAGAGUAGCUUUUAAACAAAUAUUUGGCUCGCCGUCGCCGUCGCCAAAAAGCUCUAACUUGUGUUUAGAUAACAAACUUUAGUGUCGUACAUAUUUUAAAGCUGUUUAAUGUUGUUUUGAUUUUUGGAUGGUCUAUGCCCUUUCAGUUUCCUUUUUUUGUGUAGAGAUUCAUUUUUCCUUUGAUUCACAUGUGCCUUAGGCUACGUCAUUUACUGACUCGAAUGAGCGUCGCGGCGCGUACACUGUAUUAAUGAUUUUAGUCAAUGUAUACUAUUAAAAUGUCUCUGAACUAAACAUGUUUUAUUUACUUAAUUUCUUUUUUUGUUUCUAAUCAGUCAUCAAUAGGGCGAUUCCUUUUGAAGAAGAAACAGAAAAAAGAGCGAGCCCCAGUCCCUAACUUUCCAGCGAGUCACGCAUCGGCAGGGUAAGUCACACCUCUCUUGAUUUACUCAAUCUACGAAAAUAACAUCAAUAACGAGCCAGACGAGCUUUAUUUGCAUGACCAUACAAGAACGUACAGUAUUGCAAAAGCUAUUUUAAGAACCAAAAUUACAUCAUAGGGCAAUUACAUUACUUUGAAUGGUAAUAGUUUGUCCCGAAGAUCAAAGCAACCUGAAAUAUAUUUUUGAAUUGUAUAUUGAUAGAGUAAUUAGAGGAGUUCAUCAGUUCAUUGAUCAAAACGUUUGCAGGUAACUGGGUUAUGUUUGGAAUCAGAGUCUUGACUUUGUUGUAAAAAUAGAAUAAAAAGUAAAUAAAAAGUUCCAAGUUCAACAGUAUCAACCAUAGGUACAGAAUUACGUUUCAUAGACUGUUCACAGUUCCCUAUUUUUCCGUGAGAUCGUCGUGAUAUAGCGCGGCGUCUUACCGUUAAUGGCGGCCAUCUUGAUUUUCAAAUGUACCGAGGGAGCGGGCAUCGGAGAUUAUACAUGUAGCUCUAGGGGGGAGUAGUAGUUUUAACACUCAUCCAAGAUGGCAACCCGUAACGCGUAGCGCUCGAUCUCGACGAUCUUACGGGAAAAUAGGGGACUGUGAACAGUCUACGAUGCACUGAGUUUUCUUCUCCAUUUACAUCGUGCCUAUUCUCUCCUCCGCUGAGCCUCCCGCUGGGUAUUCCGAUUAAGCAGGUCACGUUUAAUAAUUUAACAAUUAAUGAAUGAGGCUGAGUAUCUUAUGAAGAAUUAUGGAGAUUGAGGAGGGUGUUAUCCAUCGAGGCCGUAGGCCGAGGCGGAUAACACCCUCCGAGAGAUCUCCAUAAUUCUUCAUAUACGAAAGCCGAAUUCAAUAAUUGUUUUAUUAUUCAUUCAAAAUAAUUCCAAUUUUAAAAACAUGGCUAAAUCAUGCUUACCUCCAUCGAUCCAUCGAUGUUAAGUUCAUCUUCGAUAGUGCACGUUUAGGUUUGUCCAGCUCCGCAAAUAUUCUCCAAGUAGCAGAUGUCGCCCUUCGAGUUGUCUUCUUGCUGUUCUUGCCAUGUUUUUAGCUAUUUUUUCGCCUAGUGCUUACUAUUGAAACGAGUGAAAUGUCCGCCCUUUUUUGUUUUCACAGCCAAAACAUCUCAACCUCGUCCCCAGGUCUUCUCGGUUAAUGGUGCCUUAACCUGCACGAACGCUGCAUUUUUGACGUCAUUUCCUCGUUAAACACAAAACUCUUCCAAAUUUGGUCAUCAGAAACUGGUUAUGGCGAAUUAUGCUUGUGCUUUUAGCCAAUCAGAAUCGGGGAAAUAUUUUGAAUGAAUAAUAAUAACGAUUAUUGAAUUAGGCUAAGUAUCAUCUGAAGAAUUAUGGAGAUUGAGGAGGGUGUUCCGCCAUUUUGUAUACACUACCAAAACAACUCAACCUCGUCCCCAGGUCUUCUCGGUUAACCGUUCAAUAAUCUGGCAAUUUUGCGCACGAUUGACGUCAUCAGUCCAAAUUUGGUCGACAUUAGCUGGUUAUGAUGAAUUAUGCGAGGGAUUUUAGCUAAUCAGAAACUGAUAUUAAAUACUUUGAAUGAGUAAUAACUAGAUUUACAGGGAUGUCACUAAAAUGUGAAGUUGCCGGGUAAAUACAACAAGUAGGUGGGGAAUAAACCAGCUAGGGAUUUCUUUUGGUUCUAUAUUUCUUGUAUUUUCCUACGAAAGAAGCCGGGGGGCACGUUCAUACUAGCCGGGGGAAAUCCCCUGCCCCCCGACGCCUCUUGAUGACAGCCCUGAUUUGACAGAGAGCAAAUAACUCGACGCAUUUUUUUUAAAAGAGUAAAAUUUAAAAAGUCACCUUAUAGAACAAAUCUAAAAGUAAAUCCUGAACAUGUGUGUUAGACCCAGUUAGUAAAUGACUUUUUAUAAUAUUCGUAAAUAAGUGGAUAAAUGGCUAAAUAAAUAAACUACCCUCGAAUCCCGUUAACUCUAACCCUCUAUAACUCGAAUCUUCCGCUAACUCGGUGCAAUUUGCAUUUCCCUUCAGAUCGCUUUCUGUAUAAUUUUACCCUCGAUAACUCGAACUCCCGGUAACUCGAACUAUUUUCUCUUUCCUUUGAAGGUUCGAAUUAUCGGGAGUCGACUGUAGUGGAUUGUAUUAAUUUUGAAAAUAAAAUAAAUAAAAAAUAAAUGAAAUUAUGAAAUAAAAUAUAAAAUAAAUUGGAAAGAAUAUAAAUUAUAAAAGAAAUAAAUAAUAUGACUAGAUAGAUUUACUAAAUGAAAUUAGAUAAAUUAAUAAAUUAACAGAUAAAUAGAUAAAAUAAAUACAUAAAUACCCGGUAAAUAAAGUAAUGAACAAAUAAAUGACUUUCGUUGUAAUUCUAGUUUUCAAGGAACCAUGAUUUACCGGCGUCGUCGGACAGAAGCUCCAAGUUUGGAGGCAACUGUUCUUCAAAACAGUUUUCGUAGAAUAUUGGGCUCAAGUCUAGAAUCAAAACAUGGAAGACGAAUGUACAAUUAUACGAUAUGAAC